CUUGUUUAAUUUUAUAGUUACCAUAUUUGUGUAACUUGGAUGUCUCUUUCCUGUUAGGGAGCGAUCCAGAAGGGGCUCUGGAGGUUUUGCGCAGUAAACCUCCCGGGGACCGCUGGGUUUUUCGAGGUUUCUCUCAUCGUACUAUAAUGAACUCAUUAUCCACGGGUUAGCGCACAUCGGGCAGCUGGUAGAGGAACAUUUUUGAUUAACCCAUUAACCAGACGACCCCAAGGCACGGACAAAAGAGUAAUUUAAGCCUCAAGAUAAUCUCCUAGUAAUCCUACAUGUAUUUAGAUACCUGCCUUCCCAAGACAAGUAUACACCUUUAAUCCUUUAAUCUUUUAAUCCCUAAUAGCAGCCACCAUUCAUCAUUGUCUGCUGUGCCUCUGUUGUUCCCUGCGCCCGAAAGCUUCAUCCUGCGACCAUUCAUGCGUGUGAAGUUGACCUGCAGCUCAAGGAUAAUGCAUGUAUAUUUAAGAGCCAUUCAUGCAGCCGAACCUCAAAAAACCUCGAGGUUUACCGCACAAAACUCCCGGGGCCCCCCCGUCUGGAUCGCUCCCUUAUGCAGGAAAGAAAUUCAAAUUCAUAACAACAGCGAGCCAUGGCGGCUUUGCCAUUUUAGUUUAAAAAUUAUCACCUGUUUCCUGGGGCUGGCAAGAAGAGUAAAGUUUAUGAAAAUUGUGAUUUAUACAGGCUUGGAACGAUACUUGGGAUACAUAUUCCAGUUUGAGGCAUUCAAUGGCGCCGGCCCAUCACCCAGAACAACCUUGGAUGUUAUGGCCGAAGAUAAGCCAGCUCCGUUAGUUUACCUGACAGUCAUCCUUGCCAUCUUGGGAGUAGUGUUGGUACUCGGAAUCAUGGCUGCCACCUGGUGCUGCAUCAAGCACUACCGGCUGCUGAAGCCGGUGCCCCGCAUCUCCAUCAUUGCGCUUGACAGGCUUGAAAGUGCCCUCAGCCGUCAGGUCCGUGGAGGUGCCAUGGAGAGAGAAGUUUUUGACGAGCCGCGAGGAUAUCAAACUCCGAAUGGUGUCAUCCCGAACGGAAGUGCCCGGGGAGGACCUGAUGCUGGCGGAGCAGCUGCGAGGGCUAUGGAGGAUGGUGAAGCCGACUACGUGCAGUUGCGUGAACAGGCCGGACCGGAAGAGUUCUUCCCGCUCCUCCUCCGUGAUGACUUGGACCUCGGGGGAGAGCCCAUCCCCGGGAAGGGCGGCGCUCACCGGAAGGCAAGUGCCGACUCGGCCAGCUCCUCGGGUGUCUGCUCUGACAGGGAGCCAGACUCCCCCACCUCGGACGUGGGUGCCUACAGCAAGUUUGCCAAGCUCUACGUGCAGCUGCCGGCACCAGGCUCCCCUCACCCCCAGGGCCCUGCCCAUUCCGGUCCCGGGCAGCCCCGGCUGGACUCAACGGACUCCGGCUUCAGUGAGAACGGCACUGAGUGUCGAGUGCCGAGUUACACGAAGCUCUCCACCAUCCCCUCCGAUCCGGGAAUGGACGGUGUGCACUUGCCUGAGUCCGACUACAACUCAGGGGCUCUUUAUCAUGGAAUUGCUGACGAUGGGUUGGUCACAAGUAACCAGCACCCACUGCAGGACCAUUGCAGUAAUCGGACAGUGCCUUCCUAUACAAGACUCUCAUCCAUUCCUGCUCCAGUGAUAAACAGUGUCAUGCCCUCUUUUGGUUGCGAAGGGCAUCUGACCAUUUCUGAUGGAACUGUGCCCGUUCUUGAAAGUGUUUAAGCAGGUGUUGUGCCAAAACAAUUGUACAUUUUUGUAAAAAAAAAAGUAACGAUUUUGAGAAUUUUUUACAGGACCGAUGUGCAAAAUUGAUUACAUUGCUGCUCAGUAACAUUAAUUUUCUUUCCUUGAUUUUCAUGUAGACCUACUUAUACAAAUUUCAAUACUUUCCCACCAAUCGUGUCUACCAUGCCCUUUCAGAAUCACCACUCUUCCUUUCAAUCUUCCUAAGCUACCGGUAUCUUGAAAGAUUUCCUUUUUCAUUAUCGGUGCUUAUCCUCAAAUUGACAAGUUCAUAUGAUUGCAGAUAAUGACCCAAAAUGAUCAUAUCGAAGCCAGUACCGCUGCACCUACCUUUCCAGCAUUCCUUUCAAAAAAUCACCAACUUUCUCAUUUUGGAUGCUACAGCAAUUCUCGGAUUAACGAGUUCAUUUCAUCGCAAAUGAUGUUCAAGUGAUCUUAACCGUGUUAGUACAUGGUGCCCAUUACACAUUCAUGAGAGUAUGUUACAAUCCUCAAAUCCCUUCUGGGAUCCGUCUUGAAAGUUUGCCUCCUCUCAUUUUCGAUAGAAAUUGCUCAUUUGCGAGCAGUUCUUUGUCGAUUCAACUCAGUAUGGUGCCUUCCACAUUGCUGCAGAUAUUGUGAUCCUGUCUGUGCCUACCAUAAAUUACUGAACUUUGACCUUUUUUUUUAAGGUUAAGUAAUCCCAGAACAACGGUAAUAAAAUUAGUAUUUUUUUCCACAUCGUAUUUUUGUUUGUUACAUGGUGGCGAUGCCUGCCACUUCAUUUUUGGUACCAGAUUUUUUACUUCAAUUUUUUCCUGUCUACCUAUGAAUUCUUACCCAUUUUUAGGCCUGCACCGUAUCUCUACGUGUAUUUUAACCAUCGGUGCACAUUUUGAAUCACAUGCAAAAUUUCCUAAUCGGGUGUCGUAGGUUUGUAUCAAGGUCACGAAAAUAUGAGGCACCCAAAGCGUGGAAGCUGAUCUAUGUUGACAUGUCAUUGGUAGUGUCGCACGGUGACGUUGAUUAACUGUGUAAAUGGCUUCAGUCAUAGACCUACACAUAUUUUCUUCUGAUUCUGUAAGUUAAACUUUUAUUUCUGUACAAGAUACAUGUGAAUGUACAUACAUCUUCAACUAUGACCUUUACAAUACAGCUUCAUGUAAUCAUGCAAUUCUACCCAACUGUGGAGCCCGACCCAGUUGUUGACCUAGAGUUGAGCUAGGUUGGGAAAGUGUCCGUGAUUUGUGUGGCCAGAGUCAAGCAUGCAUACAUACGUGUAAACACAUUGACUCCUAUUCUAGUGGCAUGUUCCUUUAGUCUUCCUGAAUUCUUGGAAAUCCUAAUCUGUGCCCCCUCCCCCCCGCCAACAGCCCAAAUUGUCUUCGUACAGGUGUGUACUUAAAACUUGUAACUUUGGCACUGAGCCACAUUUGUCAGACGACUGGCCCGGGGGUACGUGUGCGCCUUCCUCAACCCAACACAGUCCUCUGGAAACCUCUCCUUGAGGAUUUUGAGAGAUCUGGGGGCCACAUGAAAGGGCUUUUAGGACUUCAUGUUACUCUUGUGUUGGAAGCCUAGGCAGCAGUACAGUACUACUGCCAUUCGAUGACAUUCAAUUUUGAGGCCCCCCCUCGACAUGUACACGUACAGUACGUCCGUUUUGAAUGGGAACAUCUUGUGAUCACCUUAACACUCGCUAUCUUCUAAUUUCGAAGACGAUAUUUCUUUCUUUUUUUUUCACUUUAAGUUAAUGUUCUUUAAGUUUGCUCUAAUGUCAAAAUUUCACCGAGUGUGCAAUGAUUUUUACGCAGCCGGCUGUUCCCUAACUGAUCAGACAUAUUUUUGUGUACAGUUUGUGGAGAGAAAUGGAUUUUCCUGAAUUCUUUUUCAUUUAUAGGAUUUUGGUCUUUCUCUCAACAUUUAAUUCAUAGAUUGAGUGUCAUUAAGGACCAAAGUAGUCUGAAAUCUUACAUAUAGUUAUUUUCAUGUAUGCUUUCACAUGGUCACAGAAUAAUUAUUUCAAAGACAUUUUGAAUGAACUGUUUUUACUCAGAAAAGGAACAAUGACCGUGAUUUUGUUUUGUUCAUCAUAGAGGAUGAAUGUUUUCAUUGAAAAAUGAAUAAAUAUCACCUCAUAUGGAACACCUAGGUAAACAUACAGGUAUUUUUAGUUCAUAAAUUUUCUCGUGGGAUAAAAGUGUACUGAGCUUUAAUAAUUUUGGUUUGACCAAAAAUAUGUGCAUAAUGCAAGUUUUGUAGAGGGCUGUUGGAGAAAGUGUAGAUUUGACUUGGAGUGUCUUGACACAGAAGACGCAGGUAAUGUUUUCUCACCAGUUGCGUCAGUGGGAGGGGGGUGAAAUACAUUUCUCCCCUGGAUACGCCCUUUCCCGUGGCCGUUUUGAAAUUUACCCAACCUAUGCCCAAGUCUGAAGUUGACUGUGGUUUCCUGGGG